UUGCUGCACACACUGGGUGGCUUCUUACGAUCUUGAGAGCAGUAUCUGUGACCCAGCCAUGGAGGCCUUCUUUUCUGCAUAUUCAAACCGGGAACUUGGAUCUAGGCCCUUACCCUCGGAGGCGGCUUUCUAAUUUCUCCAACCCAUACGCCUUCUGGCGCCCUCGUGUGGCCCUGGUUGUUUUCUGGGCGAAUCUGUGGGGUCCCCUGAAGGUCUGGAAACUCCGCGCCGGUGGGGAUCAUCUUCUGCACAAUAGGCGCUCCCCAGCCACCACGCCUCGCCCAGUGAGGAGCAGCGGGAGCUACUGUGAGGCCCACAGAAAGACCUGGCUCAGCACUGGCCUUGGAAAAAACAGAGACCGGUUCCAGCCCAACCGAGGCGCCCCAUAUCCGGCCCUGGCCGCCCCAAGCAUUUUUUUUUUUUUUUUCUCCGCUAAGAUGGUGGGAGACCGGUCUCAGCUGGAAGGGGCGGGUGGAAGGUUCAGGGACUGUGGACAACGCCCCCGGGCGCGGCACACACGGCUAGAGUUGGGGCGAGCCGUGGAGAGGUGUCCUGCGGGUCCCGCUGCGUUGGGAGUUGUGGGUGCCCAAGGCCAAGAAGAGAAAGGCGGGAGGGGAGAGAGGCGGGGCUGUUCGGCAGCCAGCGGAAAUGGUGCGGGGAGUCAGCCCCUGGGGCCGCCCGGAGAGCUGGGAUGCGGCGCGGGCCACGUGCACCCGGGAGUACUUAGGGUGGCGGCGGCCCGCGGGUCGUGGGGGAGACCCUCUGUGGGAAGAGCCUUGCCGGUGCCUCUCUUCUCAGAAUUGAGACUAUUGACGUCCCAGGCGGGGCCGGCUUCUCCAAACCAGGCCAGGGGCUGCAGGGAGAAGAAUGCACCUGGUAUUGCUGCGGAUCGCAACCGCUCGGGCGCAAAGAUCAAGAGAGAGAGGUGGGGCUGACACGUCAAAGACAUUAUGAGGAAGAAGAUGAAACUCAAAGCAGAUCCCGGGAGAGAUGUCCUUUCAACCCCGUGUCUCUGCUAAAUGCCUUUUGGAUCCAAGCAGUGGAGCCCAUUGGAUGACUGGACUAACUCAGAGACUAUUACUGAGGCUUAUUAGGCUGGCAAAAAGAAUUCUAGCCAAAUCUUCCAGGUUAGAAGAGAAAUGACAGCUGCCCCUGAAGGGAUUCCCAGGAUGGAGCACAGCAACCAUCCUACAAAGGGUUAAUACUCCCCCUCCCCUGGCCCCCAACUUGCUGCCAGAGAUCAGCUAAUCUGAUAAUUACAGCAACAAACACAGUUUAGACAAACAAGACCUGACCCUGAGGGUUUGGAAUGAAAACAUUUACUCUCUCCCUCCCCAGAGAGACGGUGCCUGGAGCAUACACACAGAGACACUGGGAAAAUACCCUUGUGCUGGAGCGAGGGGUGAAAACAUCUGUGUUCCUGAGCUGCUUGGGAAGAUAGCGUUAAUGGGGAGGGGGUUCAGUGGGGGAGGCGGAGGAGUGGGCAGUGGUGCAGUGGGAGGGUGUGCAGGCUAGGAGCAGAUGGAACAUGUACCCAUAACUGGAGCUAUAAGCCAAUUGUAAUUGAUUUUUACAGCAGAGGCAGAGUGCAGGGAGAGGUACAUAGGAGACUCAGCGAUUCAGAAUUCUAGUGAAAAACCUGGUGGCUAAGUGGGGAGAAACGUCCUACGACACCAAAGUGGGGUCUAUUUUUUUUAUUAAAAAAUGUUUUUAAUGUUUAUUUAUUUUUGAGAGAGAGAGAGGGAGAGAGAGCACGCAUGAGAG